AUGGCCUCUUGGACCUUGCCCUAUCGGGUUGAAGCUGUCGACCGCGACCCAGGCUUCUACUGGCAGGAUAUCGACAAUGGACCCAACGAUGGAUCAAACGACUUCUUCGGUCAGUUUCUCAACUUUGAUGGCGAAAUCCCAUCUUCUAUGGCCGAUCCACACGGUCACAACCCAUCAAUGCCGGCCCUAGCCAAUGGACUUAUCCUCGACCAUCCCGCCGAGUCUACUGCAUCUGCCUCAUCAGGCGUUUCAACAACUGAAGAUGAGUUCGAUUUCUUCUCCUGCAGUUCCCAGGUCGACGCGACAAUCCCCUCUCAGCCAGCCUCAUCCGCUGUCGCAAGUGCAUCGCAUGAGGUCGAUCCUCGAAGCCUCGCACUUGCGAGUGCCGUUGGACUGACGGACGAAAAGCCUCCCCUGGUACCUCGAGUUUCCAUGUCGGACCCAGAACUGCCCCGAGUUGAUGGCAUUUCACUACACUCUUCACCUGGAAAGCGGGUGCCUAUUUCACAACCAUCAUCGCCAACCCCACCCAACACAAUGGCCAGGAAACCCAACAAAUUCGUCGAGGCACUCUCAUCUACGAUUCGUAAAGCCAGUAAACUUCGCAAACCGAAGAAGCUCGUUGCCAUAGACCGCCCAGGCUCUCCUACCAUGGACAAUCCUCCCCGGGCCUUGCGACUGCAGCAUCACGAAUAUAGCAACGGUAAUGACGCAUUCCCCCCAUCGCCGACAUGCGGGCCGGAUAGCACCAACUUUGUUCAUGGGUUUUGUGACGAUCCCUUUAGUGAAAUUCCUCAGCCGCCUCCAAACAACUCUCUCCGCUUUUUCAGCGCCAACGGAAUCCACACACCAGCAGAAUCCCCAGGAGUCAAGACUGAACCUGGCCUUUAUCAUCCCGACAUGGCAGGACAGGUUCCUCAGUCAGCUUGGCAGCACCAGCAACACCCGCACUCACACCCUCAUCCACACCAGCAUCCCCAUCCACAUCCCCAUCCCCAUCCCCAUCCCCAUCCCCAUCCUCAUCCUCAUCCUCAUCCUCAUCCUCAUCCACACCCACAGGCCCAUGUUCAUCCUAACCCACACCAGCAACCUGUUACUGUUGUGGGCGCUGCACCCGAGACAUGGCCCGGGCAAGAGUACAUGGCUCAAAAUCCUCAUCAAAGCGGGUGGUGGGAUCUAAAUCUUUUAAACCAGAAUGGCGAAUAUGUUGUAGCCGAUCCGCAACAGCAGAAAAACGCCAGCCUCAACCUUGCCAUGCAUGCCCAGCAUGCGGAGUUGCCGUACGAGUACCAGAUCCACGAUCCCAAUUCGGCUGGCCUCAUGAUCCAUAUGCCACAACCGCGAAACGCCUCGGCUCCUAGUCACGACCUUUCGUUAAACACCCAGACCUACCUCCCUCCACCGCCUAUCCCUCCAACAUCAGAACGCCAUCGUCCGCCACGAGCCCCGUCUUCUGGAGCACGACACUUGUCUUGCUCUCCAAUCCGUAAGACACGCCAGCCGUCCAUUCCACCCACGCCCGCCACAGCACACUCGCGCCAUAGCUCGAAUGGGUCCGUCGCAUCAGCUCGCAGCGCCUCAGGUCGAGGUAUAGUACCGGGGACUCCCACGGCAAUGCGCAAGCAACGACGGUCCCGAGAUGCAAGCGGCAGCAGUGGAGGUGGCAGCGAGAUCGGGUUCGUCAAUUUUACUCCCAGCGACGGCGGUCUCUUAAUGACAGGUGUCGCGCCGAGCGGCAGUUCUAAGACCAAAGCGCGAAGAGAGCGUGAGGCGAUGGAACGGAGGCGACGAUUAAGUGAGGCGGCCAUGAAAGCGGUGCAAGCAGCAGGUGGUGAUGUCGACAAGCUGAUGGAACAAGGCUUUGCAUUUUAA